CAAAAAGCAUUGUGUUGCCAGACAUGCCUUACAGUUUUCUCUGCAAAAUCACCUGAAACCUGAUCCGUGUAAAUAAAGCAAACCUUGAGCUUUAUCAGCUCAAGCGUGACACCAGGAAGUCAGUGCACAUGGCUGAAGGUGAAGCACACAACAGUGGUCUUUCACACUAAACUAUGCUGGAGUUCCCCCUGGGUGUGGAAGACUGAAAGGAAACAAGAGAGAGGAGGAGUGAUGGAGGGAUGGAUGUUAGACAAGACGCUGAAGGCUUGGAGUGAGUGCUGAUGAGGACGCUGUAGCUAAAACACUCCACCAUGGAACUUGACAACUGCACCGACGUGGACCGACUGAUGAAUCGCUAUUACCUGCCCGUCUCCUACGGCAUCAUCUGCAUCGUGGGCCUGGUGGGCAACGUAACCGCCAUCGGCAUUUACGUGACCAAGCUGCGUCCCUGGAAGAGCAGCAGCAUCAUCAUGGUCAACUUGGCGCUGACCGACCUCCUCUACGUCCUCAGCAUGCCCUUCCUGAUCUACUACUACGUCAACGAGGACUGGACCCUCGGCGACUUCAUGUGCCGAUUUGUGCGCUUUGGCUUUCAUUUUAACCUGUACGGGAGCAUCCUCUUCCUGACGUGUCUCGCCGUUUUCCGCUACGUGGUGGUGAUCCAGCCUCUGAUUGCAGCACAGGUGCAGAGGAAGUUUUGGGGUGUAAUUGCGUGUUCAGCCGUCUGGAUCAUCGCCGCUGCUGAAAUCAUACCCAUGUUGACGAUGAUAUCCUUCGAGGAGAGCAACAACAAGACCUACUGCUUGGACUUUGCUAGCAGCACAGACGUCUACACCGUGCGGUGGUAUGGCUGGCUGGUUACUGCGCUCGGAUUUCUCCUCCCUCUAGUGGUGGUGUUCAUGUGCUACAUCGGUAUAGUGAAAGAGCUGGCGAACGGGCCCCAAACAACCAGUCCGUGCCGGAUGCGAGCGCGGCGCGUGACCGUGCUGAUCCUGGUGGUGUUUGUGGUGUGUUUCCUGCCGUAUCAUAUCUUACGUGUGUUACGGAUAGAAACUCGAAACUCGACGUGCAUGGUGGAGCGCAAUGUGCACACGGCAUAUAUUAUCUCCAGGCCUCUGGCUGGAUUCAACACGUUUUUUAACCUGGCUCUGUACACUCUCUCAGGUGAUCAGUUCAGGAGGGCCUUCCUCAGCACUUUUUACUCAGAAUACUGGCUGAGCAAAGCCAGGUCGCUGCUCCACGUGACCGUCAUCAGCAAGGCAGGCCGAGACAUGCCUGCUGGAUGACGAAUGUCCAACGCCUGACUUUUCUUUCUUUGAUGUCUCACUCUGUGGACACACUGUGAGCUUGUCAGACAAUGUCGGGAAAGCUGCAUGACAGUUGUUGUGUUUUCUUUCAUCGUGUGCUUCCCAGAGACAAAGUUUUGUGUGCCAACUCCUGACAUGUAAAUACAACUAGAGGUUAUGAGAAAUGCAUGUUAAGUUAAACCUUUGUCCACACGCCAGUAUAAUUUACCUGACUAACAAUGUAAUGAUUUGAAUGUUUGCUGCCAUGCAAAUAGUCUUUGUUAUUGAAGGUUUCAGUUUAGUCCUAAAACCAGGCAAUGAGUUUGCAUUACUGAGCUUCACUUUGCCAGAUUUCCAGUUAGUUUUUUCCUGUGUAUUUUUAAUUGCUACAGAAAAUAAGGUCUAUGUCUUUAAUAAAAACUCACAGUUUUACAA